AUGGAACUACCCACGCGCGAAGGUCAACAGGACAACAGUGACCAGAAUGAGUCUGGCGUGAACAGUGAGUCCCCCAGUGUCAUUGACGACGAGGAGCUCGCUGCGCGUGAAAAAGGUGAGGCGCUUAGGACGCUGCAUGACGCUGUUUGGACUGUCAGCUCUGCCAAACACGGCAAUGGAGUGAUGUAUCUGCUGGACAACACCCAUAAUACUUUUUGGCAAUCAGAUGGGGUUCUUCCUCACACUGUCUGCGUAGAUUACGCGCGGCUGACGCCGGUGAUAGCCGUUGCUCUUUACCUUGACUUUCUGCAGGACGAAAGCUACACCCCGCGAAGGAUACGUGUGCAGGCAGGCACACACAGCGGUGACAUGGCGGAUGUUGUCUCUGCCACCGUAGAUGAUCCGCAGGGCUGGGUUUUUCUGCGAAUGAACGUGGAGGACGAUAUGCCGCCGCCAUGGGAGAUUGGUAUGACGUUUGCUACGGAAGGCGGUGUAGCUGGCAUCCACACACUUGGUGUGGAUGAAGUGGGAGAGGCAACGGACGGACCAACGUCACCAGCACCACUCGCUCCUCAAACAACUUUUGUAGAGAAUGAUGAUUACGCCGAGUUUAUGGGAGAUGGUGUGUGGUGCACACACCUUCGUAUCAUCCUCGAGGAAAACCGUCAGAACGGUCGUGAUUGCCACGUACGUGGCGUGCGAGUGCUAGGCCCCGUGCGACAAAGUGCGUUCACCACAGCAUCCUUCUCGCAGCACCUGCUGCUGCGCUGA